AUGGAUAAGGAAGAAUUGGCGUUAGAUAUCGAGGACCUUCGCUCCCUGCUCCCCGCUGCGAAAAGGCCGGCUGUUCGAGAGUGGAUCAAGUCGAAGAUAGAAGAAUUGGAGAAGAAAGUGGGAGAGCCACAAGCAGCAUCUAUUCAGUCUGCUCCUGCACCACCAAUAACGGAUUUCAACAAGGCUGUGGCUCCUUCAGGCCUUCCAACUGUCAAGGUCACUAAUUACGGAUGGGAUGAAUCAGAUAAGUUCGUCAAAGUUUAUAUUACUUUGCAAGGAGUGCAAAAUGUAAACCCUUCCUCCAUUCAACACAGUUUCUCAAAUUACGGAUAUGAUAUAACGGUCUCGGAUUUUUGUGGAAAGAAUCAUGUCAUGACCAUGAAAGGUCUACGAGACGAAAUUGUACCCGAAAGUAGUCAAAUCAAGCAAAAGCAAGAUAUGCUUGUUGUGAUGAUGAAGAAGAAGGCGGAAGGAAAGAAAUGGGAACAGCUCACGAAAUUGGAGUAUGAUGAGAAGCAGAAAAGAAAACCGAAGUUCGAUGACAAAUCUAUGGGGGACGAUCCACAGGCUUCGCUAAUGAACAUGAUGAAACAAAUGUAUGAAGAAGGAGAUGACGACUUAAAAAGAACUAUCCGUAAAGCAUGGCACGAAGAGAUAUGCAUGGCGAAGGUGCUUUUUGAAGACAAAUGGUGUAAGAUCACUUCCGAUUCCCUCAUUAUUAAAUGUUACUAUUUCCCUUUGGGAAAUUCUAAGAAAGUUGACACGAAGAAUAUUAUUGGAGUAUUCUACGUGGAACAAAAUUUAUCUGAACAGUGCUUCAGAGUGAAAGGCUGGGGAAUGUCAUUCAGCCCAUGUUGGUGGGCAUGUGAUUUGCGAAGAUGUUGGCAUGACUCAUCCGGUCCAGUGCAUUACAACGUUGUGAUUGACUGCGGCGAAACACUCUACAAAGAAUCCCAAGUGUCUUAUAAUGUUGAAAUUAAAACUGCUGAAUAUGUGCUGAGGCGUCGACCUACCUUGGCAACUUGGUGUGUCUCAAUGAUAGAGCUCGCACCUUCAUGUGGUUAG